AUGGGAAGGCUUGAAAAACGGAGACUGGAGAAUGGAGCACGAGACGCCAUCGCAGCCGAUGUGGAGGGAGUGAACGCCAAGUGGUCCCUCCAAACAUGGAACAGGUGCGCGAAUGGCCCUGGCGACGAACUCCAGAGGCCCGUGAGCCGAACGGUCAGCUCGGUACUCCGUGAUACGGAGCAGGAGCAGUAA